GAGUUGGUGAGUUGUAGUCAGUCGGCGUCGUGAUAGCAUCAGGUUGUAAAUUCACGAGUUGAACGCUCUCUUCGAGUUCUGUUCUGUUCGUCACGUGACCAUCGGUUGCGGUCACGUUUUGUGACGGACCCAUUUUUUCAUUUUGAAAGUUUCACAAUCCUAUUGAAGGGUUGGAAAAGAUUGGUGUAAAGUUCUCACUGGUAAUAAAAUGUGAAUGAAAAUUGUGACAGUUUUUCUCCGACUUUUAAGUUUCAAACAGUUUUCUGGGCUGGAGAAUAUUGAUAAAAUCAAGUCAGACGUGUUCAAAACUUUCUUAGCCGCAGUGAUAGAAAUGACGCAAUGAACCAUCGACACUAGCACAUACUCUGCCAUCAUCACCCAGCUGCUACGUCCAGGAAAUCAUCUCGAACCUGGAGACUCCCCUCCAGCUUCCCUCGCUUCAUAUCAGGGCGACAGUAAUUGCAGUCCAAUUAUAAAACACCUAUCCGAUCCCACCCGGUCGUUGUUAUUAUUUUGUCAGUGUCACAGCCAGUGACAGGUGGGCAGAGACUGGACAUGUUCAACAGGCCGUCAUAAUUUGGACUCGAAUUUCCCGCCCGCUACGGAUUUGAAUUUCCCACUACAAUGGAGUCACGUGACCACUGCAACUGUGAUUGGCUAGAGCUGUUAUUGGCUGUUGCCGCGUUAGUAACCAACUACGCGCCACCAGAAAAACGAUUACAGUUUUGUAAGGAAAUAGAUGUGGCGCAAAUGAUGUGACAAGUUUUUGCUGACGGUGGAAAAUUGUAGACCGGCUGCAGGAAUGGCAAUCAUGCAUUCGUGCUGCUGUUGGCGCUCUCUGCGCAAAGGAAGCUAUGCCAGUGCUGUCUACACUUUUGGUUAUUUCACCCUGAUCGUGAUGAUUAUGGCCAACUUCGUGCACGAGGAGAGGCACUAUUGGAGUGGGAACACUACCAUACCACACAGUCAUAGCUUCCUAGAGCCAGGAACGAUAUCACCAACGACAAUGGCAUUCAACCUUGUGGCUCUGAUAUGUGGAUGCCUCGGGGCUUUAACAUGUUUUCUUCUAGUCUACGCAAUAUAUACUGACCAAAGAAUAUUCCUAGUUCCGUGGAUAUUCACGAUAGCUACUACUACAACUGUGGAUUUGGCUCAUUCGCUCUACAUGUUUGCAUUAGAAACGAUGAGCUUCAAUCCAAUGACUGCAAUAUUGUUCACUAUAGACUUCUUCCUCUUGUGUCUUAACGUUUAUUGUCUGCUGUGUGUAGUUUCUCAGUAUCAGGAGUACAUUGCUGGGAGAGGGACAGCCGAGUUUGAUAUAAGGGUACCUCCAGUCCGCUACAUGGCACAAAGCACGGAUGUGACGGUGAGUUCCCGACGGGCGGCAACCUACCAGGACACGGGCAGUCCCACACAAGCGCACUGCCCCUUCCCGGCGGCGGACGAGUCGACCUUCUGCCCGCUGCCUCCCCAGCUGCCCGCAGGCAUGGGGGCCACUGCCCUCGGCCAGAGGCGGCUGUCCAAGAAGCAUGUUCAGUUCGGGUGCGGGGGCGGCGAUGACAGAGAACGAGCUGCCGACUUCCUAAGGGUGCACUGGAAGGAGGAGGAGAGUGAUAAUGUUGAUAAAGAACCAGUGAUUCCAGAAUGUGCGGUGGUUUGGACAAACAGUGACGCUCAAAGACAAAUUCAACUAUUCGACACAGAGCCAUUGAUUCACACACUGACUGGAUGUGCGCCCCACCAGACUGGUGCCAAUUAAUUAUCAUUAUUAGUGUCGGAGUGAAACAGUGAUAGAGUGGGACACCAAGUGCUCUUCGUCCAAUAUCGUUUGUGCCAAAUAAAAUAAUAUUGCGUUUCCGAUGUCACAUAAUGUGCAUGUCAAAGCGUUUUCCGAUACAGAUUUUCCGAAAAUAUAUUUCCUCCUUCGAAUACAGACGGAAAUCUGCUACAUUGAUGGGAUUAAAAUGGCCAUCCGAAUAGCUGGCAAAAAUACGUAUAAAUGAUUACAUUAACUAAUGCUUAAUUGAUUCUGGUUUAUGGAUAGAAGAUGUAAAGUUGUAUUUUUGAAUGUUGAUUCAGUAUAUCUAUAAGCUCUCAUGUUUUUGAUUAAAAUGAUCAGAGAUUCAAUUUGUCAAAUUACAUCCCCUAAUGAGCCCUGAGAGAUUCCAUUUAUGAUUAAUGUGGUUGAUAUUGACAACCAGCUUGCCAUUAUUUAGUGAAAUUAUAGAAUUUAUUUUUGAAUCAUGAUUGGCACUUUUGUUAUUGUAUCUGUUGAGCUGAUAUACACAACUUAUUGAAUCUCUUAGACUUUUUUCGAUUAUUCAGAAUAUUCUCAAAAAUGAUAAUUGUUUGAAACAUUCGAACAUAACCUAGAAAAAAUAGUCAAACAAUUGUUUGGAAUAUUCUUGAGCUUUUUUAUUUAUUAAAAGCUUUUAUAUUGUGUGAAAAUUUACAGUACUUGGAAGAUUUUCCGUCCUACUCAACUAUGUCAUGUGAAAAUCAAUUUGAAUUGUAAAAUCCAAAAUAUAGGUGCGUGAGUUUGUAAAAAAAUGUACUUGAAACGAAAAUAAUCCUCUUUUUUCAUUAUUGCAGUAUUAAAUUAUCAGAUUAUUGUUUGAAUUCCUUGAUCCAGAAGCGACAAGUGGGAAGUUUGAGGAUCUGUCAAUGCCAGAUCCGGCCAUUUCUCUCUCCUUCUUCCUCUUCUUAUCUUUCCAUCUCUUUAUUCGUUUCCUCUCUUGAAAAGGGAUUUAAUAAAUGGACGGAAGGAUAUUGCUUUCGUUCCACUCUAGCCGCGUACUUUUUGAAAAUUGCGGAGACAACUCAUUCCAUCCCUGUUUAUUCCUCACUCUGUCUCUCUCACUCAUUCUCUCUUCCAUCUCUUUCUCUCUUCAUCCCUCUCAUACCCUUACCCUUUCAUCUGUAUUUGGCAGCCCACCAUUUCGUUGAGAUGUCUUGAGUAAUUGUUUCGUUGUAUUUCAAAAAUGCGACUAAGCAAGAACAAUGCUUCAGUCUCAUUAUCAUGAUGCCGAGAAAUAAUUGUAAUCCAAAGUGGAUUUUUGUUAUUAGAAGAAGAUUUACUUGGAAUCUUCAGAAAGCGAAUUAAUUGCGUCUCAAGAAAAGCUACUUCUUCAGUAUUUCUUACUUUUUAACAUUUUGAAUUAUGUUUCGUAUCCAUGACUACCUGGAAAUUCUUAGUGAGAACU